AUGACUAUAGGUCACGAGAGAUUUUUCGUCAGGGACAUUGACGAUAUAGCCCACAACAGAGCCAAGAUUGAUGCAAUGUGUGCAUUUUACUUUGCUGCAGCACAUAACAGGGCGUUUAACAAUUUAGCCCACAAACAUUUAAAGCAACUAGAGCGACAGUGUGAAAACCUUUACGUCUCACAGAUGGAAGAAAAUCUGUGCACGAGCCUGUUACAAGCUCAUGACAGGGCAGAGCUUCUACAGGAGACCCAGAAUGCGGCGCAGAGGCUGCAGCUCGCGCUCAGCCGCGUUACGAAGGGAGAUAAACACCUACCACCUUGGGGGCCACCUCUAUUAUCUAGGGACCGUCCUAUCGAACAGGUAAAGGAAUGGACCUUUCCGCUUCCAUGGACAAUUAUCCAUGACAAGGAUCCUAAGUUAUAUAUCAAAGUAGCCAUAGCUACACCCUGGGAUCCUAGAAUUCAUUCCGAAGAAGCAUUCCCCUCAGAUGCAGCUGAAUUAGGAGUACUUCCGCCUACUGCCGUACCUUGGGGAGUAGAAAAAGUUGAUACAGCUCCGGCUACUGUAGCGUGUGAAGCGAUAGCUCGAGCGGGUGCUGCUCUGGCUACAGCGGCAUCAAGCGCUAGAGUUGAAGCUGGUGUUGUACCUACCAGAGCAACAUCUAGGCGCGCAGCUCAAGUGGGUGGCGUUUGGACUGCUCCAGCUUCAAGCAGUCCAGCUCGAGUAGGUGCCUCGCAGGCUGUCACAGCAUCACGUGGUGCAGCUCGGGCAGUGGGUUACCCAGCUACAGCAGCGCCAGUGAAGGGAGCUGGGUUAGACAAAUCUCCAGCCACAGCGGCAGGGAGCAUAUUGGCAUCAAGCAUGCCUCUUGCUACAGCAGCACCAGGUGUCUCGGCUGGAGCAGUUGCUUCUUCAACUGCAGAAGCACUAAGGAAUAAGGUUCGAACGAGUACGGCUCUUGCCUCAGCAAUGCAAAGAACCACGAUUCGAAUGACCCAUCGAUAUACACCUCCAACCACCCCAAAAUCCACCGAAAAUCCUAAAACCGUCCCUUCUCUGGCCACAGCAGGAGCGGUGGGAAUCGCAGCUCAAACAGAUGCGGCAACAGGGCAGAGAGCGGUCGGUAGUACAGCUCGAAGCGGCGCCACGGUCAAAGCCGCCUCAGCUAUUACAGCAAGAGGGUGUAUGGCUCCGGCCGGAGGACGAUCAGAAAGUCCACCCCGAGCUGGCUCAUCCCGAGCAUCUAUGCCGCGUCAGAGACAAGAGCCUUCCAAGGCUGGAGCCGUACGUGCUAAGGAGCAAGAGCUGAAGGCGACAGAAUCGCAGUCGAGUUCGCCUAGCAAUGUAAGAUCAAGGUAA